AUGCAACUAAACUAUCCCGCCAUUCUUAGGGUUCUCGCAGCAGCCACUUUGGUUGUUCCAACAGCCCUGUCCCUUCCUGGAUUUUUCGAUAAAUCUCAGCAGCUAACAUCCAAGUUUACCUGCGAUCAACUCUCUGAAAAUUCAUGCCUCUACACCUUCUAUGCCGAUCAGAAAUCUGCGAUCACCACCAUGGUAGAUAAAAAUUGUACCUACUAUAGUCAAGACCAUGUUGUUUUCAACAGGACUAAAGGGAUUCUUGGCUUGGACGGUGGACCAAAAGCUCUGAAAGAUCAUGUCUGGGCGUUGUCAAAUUUCACUCGGUUGAAUGCACCAGAAGCGGUAGUUAGCUUUACAUCACCGCUGGCACCUGAACUCCAGUGGCAGGGCAAAACUUACAGCGUCUUAAGACUCUUAAAUGCAAACAUUGUUAAGCCUCCAACUGUUCCCUUGGGUAUAGACCCGAGGGCUUCAGAUGUUUAUGCGCUGGAGAUCCCAUGUUAA